AAUAGAAUUUGGUCUGGAACGACAACAUAUUCCAGACAUGAAAAAUCUUUCAUAUGAGACAGUGCAGAGUUUCUGUCGAGCAUGUCUUAAAGAAUUAAAAAAUCGGCAAAAAUGUAAAAUAAUCAGCUUGAAUUUGCAAAUACGGCACUGGUUGGAAGAUGCCACCUUAGACAACCCAUUGGCUAGUGAUAUAUAUCCAAAUAGUAUUUGCCACUCUUGUAGAAAUAAACUAAAAGAAUUUUCCGAAUUUCAUGAAAUGUGCAAAGAAUCUAGAAAAACUAUUCAAAAAAUGUUGCCAAAUGAGGAAGUAACUAAAUUACAGGUGAAUCAAAUAAACAAUAUUGAAGACCCUGAACUGGAGGAAAACAUGUUAGCAUAUGAUAUUUUGGCAUCACAUGAAGAAAAUUCUGCAUUGGCUGAGCACAGUUGUAGUAUUGUAGAUACAGAACAUUGUAUCAUCGACCCAGAAGAGCCACUAAAAUCCAGUGCCAGUUUAAAUGGGACAGAAACAAAAAGUGAUAAUAGUGCAGAUGAUGAUGAUAGUGAUAUUGAAGAACUGAAAAAACAUAAUAGUUCUGAUGACGACCCAGUCGAAAGUGAGGAAAUACACUCAGAUUUUGAAACUGACAUACCAAAAAACAAUAAACUGGCAACCAAAAUUAAGAGUAACUUUUCUAAAUCGAAAAGAAAAAAGUACACAUAUUCCUUUCGUUGCGAUCAAUGCAAGUAUCGUUGUGUUAGCCAACAGACUUUGGAUAUCCAUAUUCGUACACAUUACGGUUUGAAACCAUACCAGUGUCCAAAGUGUGAGGAUGCUUUUGACAAAUCUACCUUUUUGCUUAAACAUCUCAACGAAAUACACGGGGAAAAAGAAUUAAUAAUCAUUUGCGAACAUGAGGAAUGUGGCCAGCAAUUUACAAGUAGCAGGAGCUACAAGGAUCACUAUCGACAGAAUCACAUACUACAACAGUCAAGAGAAAAACAAGACAAAUCUACGGCUAAAACUCCUUAUCGACAUGUAUGUGAAGAAUGUGGCAAGAUUUUUGCAAAAUUACAUACUUUAAAAGAACACCAAUACAGACAUGGACCCAAAGAACUCUAUCCAUUUCAAUGCAACGAAUGUGACAAGGCUUUUGUUGGGCAAAGAACAUUGCAUGAACAUAUGCUAAGACAUGCUGGCAUUAAAAAUUUCGAAUGCCCCCACUGUGGAGCCAAGAAAACAACGAAAAAGGAGUUAAGAUCUCAUAUGAAUAGUCACACUAAAGAACGCCAAUAUCCCUGCCCCAAUUGUCCCAUGAUAUUUUACAGAUCUAGCAAUCGCCGCAUUCAUAUUGACGUUGUACACCAAGGCAUACGGCGUUUUGCCUGUCGGUUUUGCGAUCAAACAUUUGGCAAAGGUGACAAUUUGAAAAAUCAUGAAUUGAUACACACUGGUGAGAAACCGCAUGCCUGCACGGAGUGCGGCAAACGAUUUGUACAAAGAGUAUCCCUAAGAUCGCACAUGAAAACACACAAUAAAUAAUUUUAAUAAAAAUUUGGGUUAAAAGAUUCUAAUAUUAA